AUGGCCAGUGAGAACAGCGCUACCGUCCCUCAAGACGCUUCCGCCACCAAGGGCGUCGACGAGCCCGUCAAGGGAAAGGGUAAGGGGGCUGCGACUGAGGACCCCGUCGACACCACUAUGGAUGAGGACGACGAUGAUGAUGACGAUGAGGAAGAGGCUGAAGGCGGUGAUGAGGACGCUGACGACAACAUGGACGAGAUCGAUCUCAACAACAUUGUUCAGGGCGGUCGACGAACUCGAGGUCGCGUCAUCGACUGGGCCAAGGCUGCGCAGGACAACCCUGCCGAAGAUGACGAUGAUGAAGAUGAGGACGACUACGAGCCCGCCGGCGGCGAGGACGAUGGAGACAAGAUGGAGGAGGACUAG